AUGCCACGAUCUUGGGUCAGUCCUGGUGUGGCCUACCUCGCACGGGGUUUACUUUCCGUCAUUGUUCCGGCUGCUUCUUCCGUCAUUAUCGUAGUACGCCUGGCCUCUCUAAAAGGCUUUCGAGUUUCUCCAUGGCUUAUGUCUGCGGUGGUUUUGGGUGCAGCGCCUCUGGGGUUCGCGGCUUACGUUUUUGCGGAUGGGAGAUCGCAGCAACGAAAGGCCAAUCGACUCGGUGCCAGACUCAUUCCUCGUGUUCAGGGCAAAUUGCCUGGCAAUCUGGACAAGGUUGUGAAUUUGGUUGUGAAGUCCGAGAACGACUACCUUGCUCGACCUAUAUUGGAUGAGAUCAACGUACUCGGGCCGACUAUUAAUUUUCGUUUUUUUUGGGAGGACCUCAUCAUGACCACGGACCCGCAACACAUUAAGACCAUUCUCGCGACCGACUUUGAUAACUACGUCAAAGGUGACAAGUUCAGAGAAGCAGCUAACUCCGUCCUUGGAACGGGCGUAUUUAACUCGGAUGGUGAAACAUGGAAGCUUCACCGAACCAUGACACGUCCUUUCUUCACCCAUGAUCGGAUAAGCCACUUUGAUAUCUUCGACCGUCAUGCGGACCAUGCUAUCGCUUUGGCGAAGGAACGUUUCCGAAUGGGCUUGGCAAUUGACUUCCAAGACCUCAUCUCUAAAUUUACGCUUGACUCUGCAUCAGAGUUCCUAUUUGGACACUGUAUCGAUUCACUUUCCGCCACACUCCCUUACCCCUAUAACGCGACAGAUUCCACAAAUGCUAUCCAAGGAGACAACACCGCUACUGCCUUCUCAGAUGCUUUCUCUCAAGCUCAGCAGGGAAUCAAUCGUCGUGUUUCAAUCGGGCAGACCUGGCCGCUUACUGAGAUUCUUGCUGACAGCACUGUUCAACACAUGAAAGUGGUAAAUGCAUUUUUAGAUCCGAUCCUCAAAGGCGCUUUGGAGAAGCAUUCAACGACCGCCGAAUUAGACCAAACUGAAUUCUCGGACGACCAAACCCUUGUGGACCACCUCAUCAAUCUGACGUCGGACUUCAAAAUCAUCAAAGAUGAGACGUUGAAUAUAUUGCUGGCUGGGAGAGAUACAACGGCCUCAACAUUGACAUCGGCUAUUUACUUGCUUGCAAUGCAUCCAGAGUUUCUCACUCAGCUCAGGGAGGAAAUCAUAUCGAAAGUUGGGCUAACUCGCAGGCCCACAUAUGAUGAUAUCAAAGAAAUGAAGUACCUUCGGGCCGUCCUCAAUGAAACACUGCGCCUUUUCCCUGCCGUCCCAUUUGAUAUGAGGGAAAGCAUACAUGAUACCACAUGGAUAUCACCCGAACCUGGGAAGAAGCCACUGUUUGUCCCAGGGGGUACCACAGUCAGCUAUUCAGUGUUCCUUAUGCACCGGAGGACAGAUCUUUGGGGACCAGAUGCACUGGAAUUCGAUCCAGAUAGAUGGCUCGAUGACCGCGUGAAGACAUACCUGAUUCCCAAUCCCUACAUUUUCCUACCGUUUAACGCAGGACCCAGAAUCUGCUUAGGGCAACAAUUUGCUUACAACGAAAUGUCGUUCAUGCUCAUUCGUUUACUGCAAAACUUUUCCGCGAUUACACUGUCACUCGAGUCGCAAGAGCCCGAAAUGCACCCACCUGCAUGGUGGGCCUGA